UCUCUGCACAGCCAACGCAGCUAACAGCUCCUUUCAUUUUAUUUUGAUCUGACUGUCAGCAACGUUUCACGUUUCUCAUCUGCCUUUUUCAUUGUUUCUCACUUGUUUGUUUUGAUGUAUAUACCAUGAUUCAAAUCACAUGAGUCUCUUGAGCUGUUGCUCCAUGACUGGUUGAUCUCCUACAAAGUUUACGACAAACCCCUCAAAAGGCGUCUCAAAACGUUACGAAUCUACUCCUGGACCCUUCUCAAACAUCAUCCGACGCAAGAAAGGGGGGUUUUUGACACGAAUUGACCAUGCGCAACGACAAUUGUUCAACGUUGCCAAGAAACUCGACAAGCUCCAAUUUCGACGAUACUCGUUAAUUAACAGCAAAUAACGAUAUCGCGCUGGUCUCGAGCCUCUACUCACUCGCUUUCUCCUACUGAUAUCAGUCAGCCAUCAAUUGGUAUCCUAACAAUCAACACCAUCGUCAAAGUCGAUUCCUCAACCAUCGCGAUGCUCCGGUCUUGGCGCGAUGACGCCUCCAAAAGCGGGAAAUGGGUCAGCGUCGUAACCGCGCGCCAUCGCCUCGUCAAAAUUCUUGGCGUUUUCAUCUGUUUCAUCUGCGCUCUCACGCUUUGGGAAUUCUGGGCAGAUCUCUCAGUCGCGUACAAAAGAGUCUCCUCACCAAGCCUCACCCAAACUCAAUCCGACUCUUCAACCCCGCCAAAUCCAAACCCCAUCUCUACGAGCAGGCCUCAAUUUACUGGACCGACUGAGCAGACAACGAAAUUCUGGGAGAACCUCGUUGAGGAAUUUUAUGCGGCGGAACCUCAUGGUGAUAAGAUCAAACCGCCUAAUUCUCUAUCGCGCGACAAGUUUGAUCCCCAUGGCUCAGAGGCGCAGACACACACGGACUGGUUGGAGGUAUCUGAUGAGGAAGUCGAGUCAUUGAAAGAGAAUCAUGCAAGGUUUGUGCAAAGUCUUCGACACUUGGCUCCAAAAGUUCCUUUCAAACGCAACACCAAGGGCAUUGUCAUCACUGCCAAAGGAUCAGCAGUUGGCGUUGCAGCGACAGCCGUGCGGAUGCUACGACAUGUUGGAUCACGUUUACCCGUCCAGCUGUUUCUUGACUCGGCAACCGAAGCGGAGCAUGAACAGUGCAACAAGACACUUUCCAGUUUGCAGGUGCAAUGCUUGAACAUGGACGAUUUCCUCAAGUUGCCUGAUACGACAUCCAUUAAGCAACCAACGAUUGAAAAGUAUCAGUACAAGCCUUUGUCGAUUAUCUUCUCCAGCUUUCAAGACAUCUUAUUUCUCGACUCCGAUGCCUUUCCUAUUCGAAACCCAGAUCACCUCCUCACCGUGGAACCGUAUAAGAGUCGCGGACUUGUGACCUGGCCCGACUUUUGGCUGCCAACUAUAUCGCCUCUCUUCUACAAGAUCGCCGGAGCCAAGGCUCCCAACGUUACUAUCGACUCCAGAAGUUCAGAGUCUGGAGUCAUGUUAUACAACAAAACGAAGCAUGCAGACAGCCUCUUGCUCGCGGCAUACUACAACUUUUAUGGGCCAAGGUUCUACUAUCAACUUCAUUCGCAGGGUGCUUGGGGAUCAGGCGACAAGGAGACUUUCAUGCAGAGCGCAUUGGUUCUAGGCAACCCCUACUGGCAGGUCACCAAGCCAGCUGCGCUAAUUACCGAUGAGAAAAUCAACUGGGGGAGCGGUAUCUGGCAGGCUGAUCCUGAGCAAGACUGGAAGCUACAAACACAGAAAGGACGAAAUCAAACAAUCGUAUCUACAAGGAAACAAAAGCUAAGGAUAACCGAGGACGAAGUCAACAUUACGAGUACAAUGUUUGCCCAUCUCAACAGAGUCAAAUUCGAUACUAGGCAUCCAAGUCAGGUACUGGAAGACCUAGUACCUGAGCGUCCUGACGGGACUCUAUCGCGACUUUGGGGAGACGAUGUGGACAAGAUCAAAGACGUUGCUGGAUACGAUCUUGAAAAGGCCAUAUGGGAGGAGGCCAUCAAGGCUAAUUGUGACCGAGAGUUGAUGGAGGAAUGUGACAGGAUACGAAAGUAUUACGAGGCAACGUUUUAGAUAGGACGAGUCAACGUUCACACGGCCCUAAUAAUAAUAUAGAUUUAUUUUUAUUGUCAUCAUAGCCUAUUCAGAAUACG